AUGGGUCUCACCAUUUUACCAUCAGGGGUUAUUCUCUGGCCAAAGGAAUGGGCCCUGGCCACUGUGUUUCUGAAAUCUGUGUUGUUUUUCUCUCUUUUGGCUGUUAUGAACUUUUUCUUUUACUGGUCAUCAUCAGAACUUCUUGUCUGUAUUUACAGGGGUUACAAACGAUUUUUCAAAAGAAUAAAUUUAGAAACUUCUGACUACCUGAAGGAUGAUUGCCUUGCCAUGCACUGUACUGUUGGAGUUGUCAGAAGUCGCGUUGAAGGGCCCAAAGAUUAUAGUGUUGUAGUUCCACCAUCAGACAUGGGCCAAAAUCUCAAAUACUUGUUGGAUGCUGAACUUGGUUGUGACAUAGUUUUCCAGGUUGGAGAAGAGACAUUUAAGGGUCAUAAGUUGAUACUUGCUGCUCGGUCUCCUGUGUUUAGAGCCCAAUUCUUUGGCCUUAUUGGGAAUCCUAAUACAGACAAAGUAGAACUUGAGGAUAUUGAACCCUCAAUCUUCAAGGCUAUGCUCCAGUACAUUUAUUCUGAUGAGCUGCCAGAUUUAGUUGAAAUUACCGGCUCUACUUCAACAUGCACUUCUACGAUAUUGAUGCAGCAUCUAUUGGCAGCAGCUGAUCGCUUUGGUUUAGAUAGGUUGAAAGAGUUAUGUGAGGUGAAAUUGUGUGAAGAAGUUAAUGUGGAUACAGUGGCAACAACUCUUUCCCUUGCUGAGCUGCAUUGUUGCCCACAGCUCAAGGCCAUCUGUUUGAAAUUUGCAGCAACAAACUUGGGAGUGGUCAUGCUGACAGAAGGAUUCAAGCACCUAGAAGAAAGUUGCCCCUCACUGUUGUCUGAGCUGCUGGAAACAGUUGCAUCAGUCGACCAGAAGGCAAGUCUGAUGUGCAAGAAAAGGAGUAGCAGCAGCAUCAUCGGUCUAGCUCUGGCUGCAGAUGGUGUGGCAGCAGAAUCUGUUAAUCCUGUCGUUAGGCGGGUGAGAAGGCGGAUGUAACCUUAAACUAUAGCCUUGGAAGUGGAAUGAAGUUAGCUGGUUGAAAAUGUGAUACUGGAAAACGCAAGUAAUGAUUAGUUAAUUUCUUGUUACCUGAUUUAGGAACAGUUCCUAUGAUCUGAAUGAUGAUAACUUGUAAUGGUAGCAUCAUUGUGUUCUGUAUCAUCUAUUAUUCCAGACAACCUAAGGUAGGUUAGGUGGUAAGUAAAGUUUAUUGUUGUAUUUUUUACUACUUGAGCUUAUAUGAGAGACAAUAUGAACGAAUAUGUAUAGAGUUCUCCCCGAUAAGCUAUUAGUGUGUUGAUGUCCACCUUCUUGUGUGUGAUUGAAUA